AAAAAUAUAUCAUAUGAUGAAUAUUGCAGACAAUGUGUUUUGUAUGCUGAAUGUUUACAAAUUUACAAUCAAGAAAUGGAAGAUUUAGAUUCAUCAGAUAUAUGUUUACCAAUAACAGACAUAAACUUGGUUUUAAGUUGGAAGUGUGAUAACACAUGUUGGAUCCACAAACAUGAUGUAGUGACACUUAAAAAUCGGUCUGGUUACUUAAACACGGGUUCUGUUUUGGAUGUUAGAAGAAAAGAAGAUUUAUAUUCGGAGUACAAAUUUUCUUCUAGUUUAGUACCUAGAACUAUUUUUUGUCAUGAUUUUAAAGGAGGAUACUUGGAAGAUAGGUUUUGCACAGGAAGCAGUAACAUUGACACGUAUCGUUUCUUCAACUGGGCUGCUAUUGAUCUAUUUAUCUACUUCAGCCACAAACUGGUUACCAUCCCACCACAGGGUUGGCUUAAUGCUGGACACAUACAUGGGGUACCUGUACUCGGGACUCUGAUCACGGAAUGGGAUGAGGGAGAGACAAUUUGGAGAAGUAUCCUCACUGACAUCGAGAAAGUAAAUCUUUUCUCACAGAAACUGGCACAGAUCUGUGCUCAUUACAAGUUUGAUGGUUACCUACUCAACGUGGAAAACGUUAUACCAAAGGACUAUGUCCCAAGAUUGCUCCAGUUUGUGGAGUUGUUGAAGGCCCACCUUAAUCUCUACUGUGCGAGACAGACGUGGCUCAUCUGGUACGACUCUGUGACUAUAGACGGCUCUCUCGAGUGGCAGAACAAGUUAUGUCCGCUCAACAAACCUUUUUUCGAUGUUUGUGAUGGAAUCUUUCUGAACUAUGUGUGGAAGCCUGCCGAUCUUCAGGAGAGUCUGCGGGAGGCUGGCACACGUAGACAUGAUGUCUUUGUGGGUGUUGAUGUUUGGGGCCGCAACUGCUACCAGGAUGGGGGCUUCAAUGUUGACAAGGCAUUGACAGUUCUCCGCACCUUGAAUAUGUCAGUGGCGAUAUUUGCUCCGGCCUGGACAUUUGAGACAUUACCUGAAAGGGAGGAGUUUUUAACAAGAGAAACCAGUUUUUGGAGACGAUUUUCGUCUUACCUUCACCUCCAUGGGCCAGCUCAUCUCCCAUUCUUUACUAACUUCUGUCAAGGUAUAUCUUUUAAUAAGACGACCGGUCUACCGCUGUUUAACCUAGGAAUGCAACAGAGCCAGCCUACUCUACUAGGGUGUUCUACUGAUCUCACUGCUGCCGACAGUUGUGUCUCUCUAUACUUACAGGACGGCUUGGAGUACAACGGAGCCUGUCUCAAGAUCUCUGCAUGCCAUGCCACGCACUCUGCACUAUUUCACAGAGUAUUUGUUUGUGAUUUCUCCAGUUCUGAAGAUAUGGUCUCAACAUUACUAAUAACUCUUGCAGUGAAGAGCUUGGAGUCUGAUCCAGCCUCCACAUUCAGGAUAUACUUUGUGCUUGAAGACAGGAUCAGUAUCCAAGGAAAUCAGUCAGUGAGUAUGAAGAAAAGACCAAAAGGGUACAGAGCAAGCAAGAGUUUUGGAAAUUUAAUGGUGAAUGGAUCGCUAGUAGAUUUCACAGCUGAGAAGCAGACACUGCAGACCAAGAUCAAAGUGUUUCCAGAUGAAAUUGGAGUUGUGUCGUCCAGUUCUUGGUGCCAUAUUAAAUUUCUGGUGGAGCUGAAUCCUGGAGCAGUGUUGACCGAAAUCCUCCUCCUCCCGGCACCGAAAGGAUCUGUUCUGUGGGGACAACUGAGUGUUGAAAGAUCUACUAUCUCUGUGAACCAACAAGCAUAGUUGGAUUAAUUAUGUUAUUGGAUUACAGUCAUCUCCUGGUUAUCUGAGAUAAAGGCAUCUAGCUUUUACUCUCACCGUAACCUAGGGUAAAGGCAGUCUUUAACUGAGAGGUCAAGAGUUCGAUUCUCUUCAAGGUCAUAAAAAAAUUGCAAAUGUUUUGGAAUCUCCUAAGAAAAGUUUUGUAUAAUCAAUGGAAAAUGCCAUUAACAUUGAAAGAACUAUGAAUUGCAGAAAAAAUUAUUUGUUACAUAGUAAGUAGUUGAGAGUUAGUUUGUUGUAAAACACUUUAUGUUCAAACCUAUUUAAUUAACACUUUGACUGCAUAGCAUACUGUUAGUCCGAUAGUCUGACUGCUCUAAAGUUGGUUCAUGACUCAUGUUGCAGUAAAAGGCUUUACAAAUAAUAAAUAAUGUGUUUUAAAAUACAUUUUUAAAUUCAACAUAAUUUCUGUGAAAAAUGUGUUGCUUUUGAAAAACAAUCAUACUUCAUUGGCUAAAUGUAGUACAAUUUUAUUUGUCAAGAGAUUAGACUUGAAAAAUAUUGUCUAUUACAAGUGUCAAAUUUGUUUGAAAAAUGUUGAUAGUUUUCAUUAUUGCCGAACAGAUAUGCAGUGUCACUACAUAUUUUAAGCAUAAUUUUGUGGAAAUAAAAAUAUGUUGGUACAAUAAAACUAGUCAGUCAAAGAAAUGUAGAGAUUCGAAAAUGCCAGCUUUUGACAUCUCUUCACAGGUCUGAUCUCUAUUUAACUUUCUCAGUUCAGUGAACUGCCAUAUGGUUAACUCAUUUCGUUUGAUGGUAUCCAAGUAAUCAGGAGAUUGCUGUAUCUUGCAUUUUGUGUGUAAUUUUGUUAUAUUUUGUUUGAUUCUUUAAGCCAUUAAAAAAAUAAUCAAAGUGCUUAAUAUCCCAAACAACAGUGCCUUAUCCAUUCCAAAUAAUCGGGGGAUGGUAAUAUCUUGCACUAAUAAUAUAAUUAUUUAUAAUAAUAAGAUAAAAUCAUUUGUGAUAUUUUAUAGUACUUUUUAAGUUAUACAAUACAAAAAUUAAAAUGCUUUAUAUCAUAUACA